AUGUCAACAAUUCGCCCUGACUCCUCCCUAUUAGAACAGAUGGUGGAAUCCUGUCAUUACCUAGCACCGCGCCCCCAGAACCUACCAAUCCGCAGCGGGGAGGGGUUGGUCUUUGAAAGUUCAUCACGUUGUGGGUGUUCCGGUGGCGCAAACGUCUAUGUAGGGGUAGUUAACCCUUUGGUUGCUUGCGUGCCGGGUAACAGUAGUAGUCUGAUCAUGUCGGCCUGGCUUAGUGUCUCGGCGAGGGGUGCCACGUUGUGGAGGCCAGCUCUGCGUAGGUUCUACCGCACCGAGCGAGGGGUCUAUGGCUACAGACCGAAAAAGAGCGGCGGUGCCAGCGAGCUUCGGGGGAAUGAUCAGGUGUACGAGCCAGCUGCUAGCACGGCAGUGGAUCAUGGCCUGGCACGACUUGUUACAGCUUACCGGGAACACGGCCACAAAGCAGCCAAAAUUAACCCAUUAUUUACUGGUCAAGCAGUAAUGGACAUGGUGCCUGAAAUACAAAUGUUAAGUGAAACACUCCAUGGGCCAUUUAAUACAACAGGGUUACUUAACAUUGGGAAAGAUGAGGCAACCCUUGAAGAUGUCCUGGCAUACUUGGAUCAUACAUAUUGUGGUCAAAUAUCCAUCGAAACAAGCCAGUUGCAGAAUUUUGAAGAGCGCGACUGGUUUUCUAGAAGAUUUGAGGAACUCAAAAAAGAGAUCUUUUCUACAGAAGAGAAGAAACAAUUUUCUAAGCUCAUGCUGGAGUGUCAGGAAUUUGACCGCUUUCUGGCUACAAAGUUUUCCACGGUGAAACGGUAUGGCGGAGAAGGAGCAGAAAGCAUGAUGGGUUUCUUCCAUGAGCUGAUGAAGAUAUGUUCGUUCAGUGGUGUAACCGAUGUGGUUAUAGGAAUGCCUCACAGGGGGAGGCUUAACCUCCUUACCGGGCUCCUUCAGUUUCCUCCUGAGCUUAUGUUUCGUAAAAUGCGAGGAUUAAGUGAAUUCCCUGAGAACUCCCCAGCAAUUGGUGAUGUUCUUUCCCACUUGACCUCUUCCGUGGACUUGGACUUUGGUUCCCAUAGGCCUCUGCAUGUGACUAUGUUACCCAACCCCUCACACUUGGAGGCAAUCAAUCCUGUAGCCGUUGGCAAAGCUCGAGCCAGACAGCAAUCCCUGUCCGAUGGAGAUUACUCUAAUGACAUUUCAGCACAGCCAGGGGACAAAGUUGUAUGUCUUCAGGUACAUGGUGAUGCUUCGUUUUCUGGUCAGGGAAUAGUUCCCGAAACAUUUACUCUUGCUAAUUUGCCACAUUACCGCAUUGGUGGCAGCAUUCACCUUAUUGUUAACAAUCAACUAGGAUAUACUACCCCGUCUGAUCGUGGAAGGUCCUCUUUAUAUAGUAGUGAUGUUGGUAAAAUUGUUAGUUGUGCAGUCAUUCAUGUUAACGGAGAUGACCCAGAAGAAGUUGUCCGUGCCACGAGACUAGCAGUGGAAUAUCAGCGGCGGUUUAGAAAGGAUGUGAUUGUAGACCUUCUGUGUUAUCGUCAGUGGGGACAUAAUGAGCUUGAUGAGCCAUUCUUCACGAAUCCCGGCAUGUACAAAAUUAUUCGGGCUCGUAAAAGUAUUCCAGAUGUCUAUGCUGAUCGACUUAUAUCAGAAAGUCUGAUGACAGAAGAAGAAGUAUCUAGUAUAAAGACCACCUACUAUUCCAAAUUAAAUGACCACCUUGCGAAUAUGACAUUAUACAGUCCCCCACCAACGAAUCUGCAGGCUCACUGGAGUGAAAUGAUUGAGCCUUCGGCUCGGAUCACUGUGUGGGACACGGGUGUUCCUGCCAACCUCCUGAAAUACAUCGGUGCAAAGUCUGUAGAAGUUCCUGAAGAGAUUCAAAUGCACAGCCAUCUUCUUAAAAUGCAUGCGCAGUCUAGAAUCCAAAAGCUGCAGGAAGGAGUAAAGUUAGACUGGGGCACGGCAGAAGCUCUGGCUUUUGGCUCGUUACUUUGCCAAGGUUUUAAUGUUCGGAUAAGUGGACAAGAUGUAGGGCGUGGAACUUUCAGUCAGCGGCAUGCCAUGGUGGUUUGCCAAGAGACUUAUGAUACAUAUAUCCCUCUGAACCACAUUACACCAAACCAGAAAUGCUUCUUAGAGGUAAGCAACAGCGCCUUAUCGGAGGAAGCUGUCCUGGGCUUUGAGUACGGAAUGAGCAUUGAAAGCCCCAUGUUACUUCCUAUUUGGGAGGCUCAGUUUGGAGAUUUCUUCAACGGUGCACAGAUCAUAUUUGACACUUUUAUUUCUGGAGGUGAAGCCAAGUGGCUGUUACAGAGCGGCAUUGUCAUCCUGCUUCCCCAUGGCUAUGAUGGCGCCGGCCCGGAGCACUCUUCAUGCAGGAUUGAACGCUUUCUGCAGAUGUGUGACAGUGCAGAGGAAGGAGUGGAUGGUGACAGUGUUAAUAUGUUUGUAGUGCAUCCAACUACCCCAGCACAAUAUUUCCAUUUACUGCGCAGACAGAUGAUCCGGAAUUUCAGAAAACCCCUCAUCGUGGCUUCCCCGAAAAUGCUGCUAAGAUAUCCGGCUGCUGUUUCAAGCUUUGAUGAUAUGGCACCUGGAAAAACAUUCAGACCUGUCCUUGGAGACUACUCUGCAGAUCCAAAAAGCGUCAACAAAGUGAUCCUUUGUUCUGGUAAACAUUACUAUGCUCUCGCCAAGCAGAAAGAGACACUCGGAGAGCAAGGACACAAAUGUGCUAUAAUAAGGCUAGAGGAACUCUGUCCGUUCCCCUUAGAAGCACUACAGCAAGAAAUGGCAAAAUAUCCAAAUGCCAAAGACUUUAUUUGGAGCCAAGAAGAACCACAGAACAUGGGUGCAUGGACUUUUGUUGCACCUAGGUGUGAAAAACAAUUGGGAUGUAAGUUGCGGCUUGUAAGCAGACCUGCUCUUCCUGCACCGGCAGUCGGUAUUGGGACGCUGCACCAACAGCAACAAGAAGCUAUAAUCACGAAAACAUUUGCGUAGAUGGACUAUUACACAGCCUUUACAAGAACUGAAUGUAUUUCUGGGUCAGAGGGCUAUUUUGCAGUUUUACCCAAAUGGAAAGACACUGUACUUCAUAGGAUCAAAUACUAAUGAUGCUGUUUUAGCGAGGUUUAUUAUUUUACCCCUGUUUGAGGGAGGCAAGGAUACUGCCAGUGAGAACACUAAACUGUAGACUUUUACAGAAAAGGACUUGAAAUAUUUACGCAAUCAAAUGUUUUAAUUGGAUCUAUUAAAUAUGAAAAUACACAGGGCUUUAUGAGUUUAAUCUCAAACAGCCACCAGCCAUACAAACAGUGCAUUGACAAAACUGUCCGAACCUGGGACUGGAACUAUUAAGAAAAGCGCCUUAAAUGGAUUGUAUUAGACUUAUCAUCCACCCAUUUGAGAACUUAAUCUACCGUUUAUAAAAUAAAUUAUACUUUAAUGUUCUGUAGUGAGGUCCGCAGCAGAGAUUUUGAGACAGUAUUAUUUACAGAACUUCAACUGUUUGCAAAUAGCAAUUACAAAUGCCCGUACUUAAUCUAAUAAUUACACAAAAUAA